CUUUGAAGACCAGUGUCCAGAGACUUUUUUUUUUUCUUUUCUUGUUUUCUUGCUGCAGUUUCAGGUUUUUAACAUUGGCGUGACCUCUCGAAUCCUUUUCUGUUGGGAUUUGUAUCCUUUUGGCACUGUGGGCCUUUUUUUUUUUCCUGCUGGGUUUGGGUUCGUAUUGUGCGUGGAUGCAGGGUUUAAAAUGGUGUAUAUGCACCCUCAAUACCCUCCAAGCAUUUUCUCACUCUCUCUUAUAAGCUUAAACGAUUUCUCUCUGCAAGUCAAAGAAGGAGAAUUGGGCAUGCCUAGAAAGCUGGAUGAUUAGGGUGGUCUCUGUCUCUACUUUUUCAUGAUAAUAAUGAUAAUAAUAAUAAUAAUCAGCAAAGAGAUCAAACCCUCUUCAGAGUUUGCCGGGUACACUAGAGACGUCCCUUUCUAGUUCUUUAUCUCUGUCUCAGGAGGUUUGAUUUUAUUUUUCUACAUGUUAUAUACUUAUGUUUGUGGUCUUGAACCCUGACUAAGAAAGCCUGGCUACCUCUAGGUCCUCAUAAUUAGUUUCCAAGUGAUCAAUACGAUAAAGAACAUGUGUGGAAUAGUGUUGUUUUGUUCUUUUCCUUCAAGUGAUCAUCCCUCCAUUAUUCCUCUUUGUUUCUUAACCUAUCUCUUUCUCUAGCUAUCAGAAUUCAAGAAUCAUCAGAAGCCAACAAACCCUUCAACCUUCUCCUAUUCGAUAUCUCCCUCAGUCUUUACAUUUCUUGCUCUCUCUUUUUUUUUUUUUUUUUCUCUACAAGAUUUUUUUUGGAGGAAAAAAAAAAGAUGCAGGUGGCAAAGAAAUCUGCGGAAAUUCGAAUGGCGAGCAGUGUAGCUAUCAACAGCGAGCAUACAAAGUCAAAAGCAGUGAACCAGCAGCAGCCGGACAACCCCUACAUGAUCGUGAGGACUCUGGCUUCAAACAACGCGGUGGUGUUGUUCAGUAUGAGCGGGUGCUGCAUGUGCACUGUGGCAAAGUGUCUCCUUUUUGGCCUCGGCGUUGGCCCCACCAUCGUGGAGCUGGACCACCACUCCACCGGGCCUGACAUCCAGACCGUCCUCUUCCAGCUUGCAAAGGAGGGGCAACAGCCAGUCCCCGCCGUGUUUGUUGGUGGCGAGUUUCUGGGUGGCAUUGAAACGCUCAUGGCUUGUCAUAUCAACGGCACAUUGGUGCCCCUUCUCAAGGAUGCUGGUGCUCUUUGGCUUUAGUAAACUCUAAUCUUUAUUAAUCUUAUCUAAUUAACAUGAUUAGGGUUGUACAGAGAAGAGAAUCAUGGUGAC